AGAGAGAGAGAGAGAGAGAGAGAGAGAAAGAGAGAGAGGCAGCAAGUGGAAUCUGCAUCAGAAAACACAGCUCAGUUUCCAGAGCCAUCUCAAAGGUUGUGCAUUUCUCCCAGUGCACUGAAGAGUAAUUCCAAGGUAAUGAUGGGAUGCUUCUGCAUUCAAUAAAGAUUUGGUUUUGAGACAAAUCCCUAAGACGUGCCCUUACAUAGCUUCUUCAGUGUCCUGUAUAAAUAUGGAGAACACAGCCCUGUUUUGUCCAACGCAGACUUGGAAAGGUCCAAACGUUUCAACUUUUUCAUCAGAAUGGGAUGACUCCUUGAACUCGUACCUUUCAGCACCUGAUGUGAUCAAGCCUCCUCCGCAGUUCCAAGAUCCAGAGGAGCCGCAUCAGCAGUCCCCGCCAACUGGCUCUGCUGUCAUUAGGAGGAGGGAUAAAGAACGGGCUGGGAAAGGCACCACAGAGAAGGAACGCCGAAGCAGGCCUUCCAGUGCUGUUGAACCCCACAGACGAUCACUGUCCCUGUCCACGGCCCUCACCGCCAACCCAGCUGUGACGCGGCGACGGUGUGAAAGCUACGCCCUGUCAUAUCCCAGCAGCAGCUCGGAGGACAGUGGCAGUGACAGCACGUCCACGAGAAGAGGCGAUCACCUUCCCGAUGCGGUGCCUCGGUCCAGGGCGCGGAGCAUAGUACUGAAAAAGGCCAAGAAGAAACCAGCCCCGCCUCUGCGCACGGUGUCACUGCACAGGCUGGCAAGUUUGAAACCAGAGCGUAGAACACAGAGUCUCUACAUCCCCAAUGACGAUCAGAAUGUUAUGCUCCUUCCAGACCUUAUCCCCAUACCUAAGGCCGAAGCUGGCGAUUCUAAGCUGUCCACUCUCCCUGUUGAAGCAUCAGCAAAGGUGCCAGUGAGUCAGGCCAUCUCCACUCACAGACCACUCAAAGAGCUCAGGUCUAGUGAACCAUGCAAGAAUACUUCAGGCUUCUCUGGAGGAACCCCUGUGAAAGAAGCCACAACAGUUUCUUGCAACUCAGACUGCAACAACUCCCCAUCGUCCUCUCGCUCUUCUCCAUCUCAGCCCUCCAUCACCUCCCCUACCAAACCACCUGGGUCUGCCUCCCCAUCUAGUGGUUACUCAAGCCAGUGUGAUACACCCACUCAGCCAAUCUCGAUUAUAACAGGAUCAUCACCACUGGGUUGCAGGAUGCGCCCUAAACCUUCCAGUGCUGGACAGCGGGGAAGAAACUGUAGGUCAAGACUAUCUCUGCAGUUACCCAUGGUGCAAUCAACUAUCUCUAAUCCAGAACCAUCCCCUGCCCAGCCGAAAGUGAACCGGCGCUACUCAGAUGCCUCAAGACCUAAGCAAAGGCUGAGCAACAGCAUGAUGAUUAUGCCUGUAGUGACUCAAGAAGACCUGAACAAUGUGCGCUUGCGUUCAAUCAGCAGCUCAGACCUGGACAAUGCAGCAGGCACCAUCUCCGGUGUCAUUGAGGAAGAGAACGAAAGGGAUGGAAGCUCUGAGAAUGCUCAAUUGAGUCCAAAAUCGAAACCCCCUGUAGCACCAAAGCCACCUGUGUCCAAACGACUUCCUGGUGCAGUGGCAAGGUCCAAUUUGGGCACGACUUCUGGAGUGGAUCAUCAAGGGCCCACUACCAGUGGACAGGAUAUCAUUUAUUCAACAGUUAAUAAAGUUAAGUCCAAUGCUGUUUCCCCAUCUCCAUCUAAGGCCAGUAUUGACAAUGUGCAUCAAGAAGUACAGCUGCAUGCUGACUGUCAGUCAGAGCACAUGAAGGAAACCAGUCGACCACAGUCUUUAUGCAGUACAGGGGACUCAAAUGUACAUGCCUUCAACACUGCAACUGAUUCCAACCCAAGUAAAGCACAGAAGAAGAGACAAGCACCAGGUCCCCCAGUUGCAAAGAGACCUGAUAUGGUCUACUUACCUUAUGAUAGCACAUCUGCACUGGAGAAUUUGGAUAAGCAUGCCCAGUCAGCCUCUGAUUACUCCAAGCCCAGAAGCUCUCAAAAGGAAUACCAUGUCACGGUCUAUGGGCUCAUUCCUUCUUAUGCACAUAGCAGUGAAAGAGAACAACCAGACAUACCUGAGGAUGAAACAUAUGAAGAGGGCCGGGGGGUGAAGAGGAUGAGGUUUUUCUAACAAGAAUGCAUCUCACACAACAGAGACUUGUUCACCAUAAUUCACAGGUAAGUCAGUAAGUUCAUAAACAAUUAUGCUUCUGCAGUGAUUUGCAAU